AUGGCGAUGCUGACGAAAGUUGGGUGUUCAAGUCCGUUGUUCACAACGCCCAUGUACGAGAAGCUUGGGAUUCACUGGGGCGCAUCUGUUCCUGCGUUUCUAGCUCUGGCGUGCGCUCCGUUCCCGUAUCUUUUUUAUAGGUACGGGGAGAGGGUUCGUCGGAGUUGUAGGUAUGCGGCUGAGUCGGCGAGGAUUAUGGAUGAGCUUCAUGCUGGGUCCAACAGGACGUAG